GAUGUUGAAAUCACCCGUUCAGAAAGCUCAGUUGUGAUUGGACGCUGGGCAGCCGGCGGGGGCGGAGCCGGCAGCGAGCUGUGGGGGCGACAAGAUGGCGGCGGAGACUGUGGAGCUCCACAAGUUGAAGUUGGCUGAGCUGAAGCAGGAAUGUCUCGCCCGCGGGCUGGAGGCGAAGGGCAACAAACAGGAUCUGAUCAACAGGCUGCAGGCCUACCUGGAGGAGCACGCUGAAGAAGAAGCCAACGAAGAGGAUGUUCUGGGGGAAGAAAUAGAGGAAGAAGAGCAGAAACCAGCAGAGCCACCCGCCAAAGUAGAAGAGCCUCCUGUAAAAACGCCUGAUGUGAGCACUGAAAAGAAAGUAGUGAAAAUAACAUCAGAAAUCUCACAGAUGGAGAGAAUGCAGAAGAGAGCUGAGCGCUUCAACGUGCCCGUGAGCCUGGAGAGCAAGAAGGCAGCGCGUGCAGCUCGGUUUGGUUUGGCCACAGUUUCGACAAAAGGCCUCUCUGCAGACAGCAAACCUACGGUAAACAUGGAUAAAUUAAAGGAAAGGGCUCAGAGAUUUGGCUUGAAUGUCUCUUCGCUCUCCAAGAAGGGGGAAGCUGAGAGCGCAGCGCUGGAGCAGGGCAGGGAAGCUGGGGCUGCACGGGAGCAAGAGAGAGGCAGGUGCUCAUUUGUCUCAAGGCAGCACGGGGCCAUCAAAUUAAUUUAUAAAAUAAAUCAAGCAAGCGUUUAUCUCCCCGUAGCACCGACUCUCCCCUUCGAGGCCUCCUGUUAAAGCACACGGCUCUUCUGACCCACAGCUCCCAUCCCUUGACUCCUGUUAGCUGUACUUAACCCCCCACACUUGUAAAUGUUCCCUCUCUGCGGCAGCUGCUCCCUGUGCCGCUCCGGCUCCGCUCCCCAGGGGAGUGAUGUGGAGCUUCGUGUUUUAUAUGCAGGGUUGGAUGCUGCAGAGGGGGUUGCCCGCGCUGAGGCCGCGGUUCAGAAGCAUCUCUCGGAGGGGAUGCUUUGCUCUUUAUGUAUAAAAUAGUCUCAUAAGUCUCCCGCUGAGAAAGCGCUGGCACCAAAUGGAUAGCGAGAGCCCCUGGGAUAGCAUAAAAGCUCUGUUUGCCACCUUUGUGUGACAUUAUCAGAUACCUUCCUGGAUCCGAACAGAUGACCAAAAUAAUUGGCUUUUCUAUCUCCUCCUUGACGCCGAGGUCUCAAACUGCCUCGCAGAGCAAUUAGCUGAUUAACCCUCCUCUGUUCGAGGCCGGGCGUGGGGAGGUGAAGCUGGGAGGGGUUGGGGGGGGGUCAGUGGGAGUCCAGAGCUCAUCCCUGGGCUGCAGGGAACAAAGGAUCCCAGGGGGAGGGGGGGGGAUGUGCGCUCCCAGCCUCAUUCUCAACAUCCCUGGGUGACUUUUGGGGUAGGGCAGGGGGUUCUGUGCUCAGGGAUGGACUCAGCUCUGCCCUUCCUGGCUACGAAUCCCCUUGGGGAACUUCACUUGUGUUCGCAGAGCUGCUGGGCUUCCAUUUUGCUGCUGGAGCGCAGCAACACCAGGGUUAUGAACAGCAGCAACAGCGCCCGGGCGGACGUUGGCUGGGAAGAGUUAACGUUUUAAUGCGUCCAUCAGUCACGGCUGUAGGUUAACACUGCUUUAAUUCUCGUUAAUGAGAGCUUAUUUCUCAUGUGGCAGCUGAGAACCGCUGUGCGCGCUGCCUGCUAUUAGCCAAGGAGAGCUGGCCUGCUGCUGCCUGACGUCGGCGUGGGGAUGGGGGUGAGCAGGGGGCAGGAGAAGCAGGGAAAGUUGUGUGUAUCCAAAAUACCCCAACGAGAGAGAGCAAACAAUUGGUUGAAUUGUUUGGCUUCCAGCGAGCUUUGCAGUAACGUGCUGAGGAGAGGAAUCCUUUUCCUGGAGAGCUGUUGUUUUUCUGCCUGAGAUCUUUGCAAACAACCCCUGGAGGAGAAACAGGGAAGCAGGGAGGAGGGUGAUGGUGGUGGUGGGGAGAAGUGCUGAUGUUGGCAAAGAGGGACGGGGUCGGUGGGAGAGGAGAAUUGCUUCUGGCUGACACCAGACAGUGCAGAACGUGGUGACGUGUGCUGGUAGCUCUGAGCGCUGGGAUUGAUUCCUGUGGUUGGUUUGGCCUCUAGAAAUGAGCCUCGCUGUCUCUCCUGCUCGUCCUGACGGGGCUCACGUACCCCUCUGUAAUUUUCUUUUCCCCAAACUUCUCUAUUUCUGGCUGCUGUGGGCUUUGUGUUGCCCUGCUCUGCGUGGGACACAGAGCAGAGAUGUUCCUAUGUUGGAACCCAGGCCUUUCUCUUCCACUUCUUGAUGUUUUUGGGCAUCUUAAAAGCUGCUUUAGAUAGUUACCAAAGGCUUUUCUCUCCUUCUGAGCUGGACCAGUAGUAACAUUCAGCUGCAUUUACUUGGGGGAGGUGGUUUGUAACCGACUUUCAUUUUACUUCUUAAAGAAGAACUAAAAUGCGUUGCAUUAGAACAAACUUUUCAGCAGGAAGCAGAAACUAGGUCAGAAUAAAAGAACGCAGCCAGAACGUGUGUAAGAGGAAUCCGAAUGGUCCCGGUGCAAAGCAAUGGCCCUCGCAAGGAGCGUGCUGCAGGCUGACAGCAAUCCCUGCUAACUGCAGGAAUGCUUCUGGAGGAAUGAGCAGAUGGCUCCGAGGUGUUCGGUGCCUUUUGGCAUCAGUCGUGCUGAACAAGUGGCUGGGAAGGGUGUACGUAGAAAGGGAAGCUUUGGGAUGGGGAGAUGUGGGGUCAUCUCAGCUGUAUUGCUUGUGCAGGUAACUCCUAUGGAAGGAUUUAUGGGACCCUUUGGAAGGUUCUAAGGCUGCUGUGGGGCUUUGGCUGCGUGCAGCACUGUGUGCCCUCACCGUGCUGAUCUCACUGCCUCUCCAUCCCACCCCCCUCCACCCCAGCCCUGUGCGGCGACGUCACCCCGAGCGGAGCAGCUGAAUGCGGCCUGCUGGGCUAAGAUAAUGGGAAGUGACAAGGUGAAGAAUAGUGCUGGCAGCCGUGGGCGUUGUGGUGUGAGGGUGCUGCACGGCCCCUGCCCCCUCCUGGGUUGCCCUGGAGGGAGGUUGUGCAUGGUGCUGUGGGCUGUGCAUGGUGCUAUGGGCUGUGCGUGGUGCUAUGGGCUGUGUGUGCUCCCUGUGCUGUGCACAGCCCGGUUCCUGCAUUGAAGUCCUGCAGCUGAGCCACGGUGCAGAUGUGGCUGCGGGACAGAGGGCUCAGCAGAACCUGAAAUGGACCCAAAGGACACUACAGGGCUGUGAUCCAGUGGGAAGUAAGAUCUGAGGUCAGGAGACAAACGCAGACUUUAUUUUUGGUCCUUUUGUGGGUUUUUUUAUGUUAAAAGACAAAGCAACAGUUUCCCCAUGAGAGGCUGUGGCAUUCUCUGCUGGCACAGUGACCUCUGGCCAAGGCAGUGCAAUAACCCCCCCCGGGAGCAGGGAUUCAUUGUGGCUUCCAGCCCCUGGGCCCUGUGGUCCAGCCAGUGGCAUUGUGCAAGGAAAAGAAGCUUUCUCCUUUCCUAGAAGGCAUAAUUCCCCUGUGGACUUCAGUAACUCCAAGCUGGUAUGCAGGGGAGAAAAUAACGUUGUGGGUUUGUUGCUAGAAGGAAGAAAUUCACUGCAGUCCUAUUAAACUGGAGGUCACAGAACCAUGGGCUGCUUUGGGAGGAACCUCGCAGAUCAUCUCAUCUUGCAUUGCAUCUUGCAGCUCAUCUUGUUUUCAGGCUAAUGGGAAGCAGUGAGAUGAAGGUGUGGAGCUCAGGUGUGUUGUGGGAAGCUACCAGCAGUGCUUUCCAGGUAGGAGAAGUAAUGGGGCAUCCACAGCCUCUUUGGGGAACCCAUUCCAGUGCAUCACCACCCUCUGGGUGAAGCCCUGAAGGGGCAGAGCUGGGCACAGUGUGGGGCUGGUGUGGGUUCAUUGGAGCCUUUGCACGCUCUUGCUCUUCUGUUCCCUUUAGUGGAUAUUUGGGUUGCUUGCGCCCGGAAGAUCAUCUCCUGCCCUUACACAGCUGAUAGCUCUGUGGUUUUUGUUAUCUCCUCAGUGCUCACGCAAUAACCACGGGCUGUUUUCUCUGCCCUCACCCCAGGCAGGAUGAAAACUCAGCCCUCAAAGACGCCCUUUACUUCACUCCCCAUAGGAGCCUGGUGGUUUUGGCACCUCCGAGGUCCCCGUGGCACCGCAGGCCCAUUCCCCAAUCCCUGCUCUGGGUGGAAGAGCUGUUGUGAAAGCCCCAAACCCAGCAAUCUCAGCACCCAGCCGCCCUCACCUCCAUCUUCUGCCGACUCUGCAGUAAUUUGCUGUUUACAAUUACCCCUUUCUCAGCUCCCCCCCCCCCCCCCCCCCAGCCCUUUGCUCACAUUGACACACACCCACGAUGUCAUUUUUAAGAAUAAAUGACGAGAGAGCUGCGAGGGGUCAGCAGGACUCCUGAUCCCAUAUUUAUCCCUGGUGCUGCCUGAAAAGGAUUUGCGUCCCUAACAAACCUUUAGGGAGUGGCAAAGGGCUCGCUCCAAGGGAAGACAAUGCUGGGGGGGACUCUCUGACCUCACUCUGUCCAGUCAUCUGGUUCUUCAUUGGUCCCUGCUGUGAAACAGAACUUAGCUUUUGUCUGUAACACAAAUACAUCUUUUCCCCACCCCCCCUUUCCCCUUCUAUUAUGGUUCAAUCAAUGAUGUCAUUAUGUGUGCCAUUCAGUGGCUCUUGAACCAUUUGGCUGCAGGAAUUUGGAGGAGCAGCCCAGGAAGAAUGGCAGCACUGCUCUGUUCCUGGCCUUCCGGAUCUGUUGGGAUCUCAGCAAGAGGAGCAAAGUCUCAUUCCCCCUUUGGGCUGCAGAGGAGCAAAGUAAAAGCAAUCCCAAAGCCCCCACGGUGUGUGUAGAGGGGGAGAAAAAAGGGCCCUGAGGGAUGUUUGUGUUGGAUUCGACUUGGGGAGGUUUUGCUGAGGAACCUUGUCCUUAACAUUUAAUCUGGAUCACUUGGGCAGCUCUUCCUGCUGUUGGUUAAUGGAGCUGCAGCACUGACCCUCAGUGGCUUUUGGUGGGGGUUUGAUGCUGAGGCUGGUAGGAAGAGCAGAGAAAUGUGGGUGAAUGCAAGCAGUCAGUGCCUUAAAAAGCAUCCCUGAUCUUACUAAUAGAGCUGACUAGUUUGCAAACCCUCUGUGGUCACAGCAGAGCUGAUGGUUCCCUGCUUUGCAGCCUGGAAAUGCAGGCACUGAAUGCUUGGAGCUGAGCUGCAGGUUGCUUAGGGGCUGCUGCACCUUAUCCCAUGCUCUGGCUUCUGUUGUUUCAGGUUAUAACAGUAUUGGGGUGUUUCUAUUGAGCUGUGAUGGAGGUGAGAGCUGAUCCUAUGGGCAGCUGCUGUGUUUUGGGGCACAGAUGGAGCAGCUUUGGGGGAUCUCUUGGUGCCAAAUCUUUGCAGAGCAGCUGUGCUUUCUCCUCAUUCCCCUUGGGGCUCUGUGAGCACCUCCAGCUUUUAGCAGCAAUGGAGAAACCAAAUUAAGUGACCAUAAAAGAUCAAACAUAAGGUACUUUCCGAGGGCCUUCAGCCUCUUGCCUUUUAUCUCUACUGCUUGAAAGAGGUCCGAAGACUUUGUAGCGUGUCGAGGUGCUGAGCAACCCUGCAGGUUCCAAUGGGAAGAGCCGGGUGAAGGCUGUGUGUUCCCAUUGCUCACUCAAAGCUCUGCAGUUUGUUUGCCUGGCACUUUGCAGUGGGACAUGGCCUUGCUGAAGGCUUGGGGUGCUCUGGGUGCUGACAUUUGUGAAGAGGGGCUCAGGGUAAAGUGGGUCUCAAUGCAAAGAGGGGCUGCUCUGCAUCCCUGCCAUGAUGCCCUUGGUCUCUCUCCAAACCCAUAUUUCACUUAUUCCUAUAGAACCUUUUACCCUUGGGGUUAGUGAGCACACACCUGGCUGCCCAGACCCCGCAAUAGAUGCAUGUAAAGCCUAUAAACUGACCCAGAAUCAGCUCCCUAAGGGACAGAAGUGCCACACUCUGGUCACCAUCCCUCUGCCCACCCUUGGGCACACAUGUAUCCGACUGCAUCCCCAUUCUAUGGCAGCAUCCCUCUCCUUUCAGACAGGCUCCCUGCAGCUUUAAGGCGCUGAUAUGGAUCCAGGAGCAUCCCCUGGGCUGGAGAUGUGGCUGUCAGCAUCCUACUGCCCCUCGGUGUGCAGGGAAGGGUUAACACAGCGGCGGUGCGUUGCCAUUUUUGUGCUUGUUGCCUUUGAAUGGAACAGGUUUUUUUUCUUCUUCUUUUUUUUUUAUUUAAUCUGGAGCUAAUGUGCAAUUCAAAUGGUGCUCAGGCAUCGCCCCAUUGCUCCUUUUUAAUAACAGCUGGACUCUUUUGGCUGGGGGGGGGGGGGGGGUUGGAAACCUGCACGGUGCAAGGCAGUGUCAGCACUGCCUCUGCUCCCAUAUAUCCCAAUGUAAAAGCCCUCCUGCCCCAAGCAAACCAGCUUCGUGAUGGGAGAACAACUGCAAGCACACGGGGAUGCCACGGAGUGAAAGCCAAGAGAUGAAACACCCCUUCCAGAGCCUUUUGCCUCCAUGCUGCACCUGAACUGCUUCUCCUGGGCUCCGCUGCGUGGCAUUCCUGACAUGUCAGUCCCACCUCUGACGUCCAAGUGGAAGAAUGCUUUUCAACUCCGCCGCUGGGAGCUGCAGGUGCACUCUUAACACUUGCCUGCGACUUUUCGGCCCUUCCUCCCCCGCUGCUCCCAUUUGGGGCUGAGCAUAAAGCUGGGGCUGUGAAACCGCAGCCCUUGUGACGUGGGAGAACAUCUCUUGUGCCCUCCCGACCCGUGCUGGGGUCAGAGCACGGCGCCGCGGUUGCACCUUUCCCUGUGUAAAGCUGGGAGAGAUGAAGGGACGGAGCAAUGGUCCAUAAGAACAGCAGGCACUGAUCCGUGCUGCUCUCUUUCAUUGAUGUGUUGUUGUCUCUCUGGUAGGGAACCACUUUGGGGCACAUCUUCAAUAACUAAACUUCCUAUUAACCGAGCUCUUUGAAGAGCAAUUCAGCCCUAAAUGUGUCCCAGGAAACUGUUUGCAGGUGGAUUAAGGCAGCGGGCAAAGCUUUCCCUCAACUUCAGGUGGCUCCUUGGAUCAGUUCCUUCUAGGGAAGGCAACAGGGGGUGUGCAUGGCAUCCCUGUGUUGUCCAGGUGUGCCUAUGGGAUGCUUGGAGGUGAGAUGUGGGGUGGGGGAUGCUUUGGAGCUGUGCUGGAUCUAUUUUCCAUGGGGUAAAGCUGUGCUUAACGCUGCUGAUGUGCACCGAGGUGCUUCAGUCUGUGCAAUUGGAGUGGCUGUAUCCGAGCUUUGCUUUUUAGGAGCCAUCCCUGUGUGCCAAUGGCUCUUGUUGGGGUGUAUGGACAUCGAUAGGGGCUUUUGCUGUGUGUUCCUAAUCCGAGUGGAGCUCUUUGGGGAGGAGAAGCUGAGCUGAGCUGGAGGUGGAUGCUGCUUAGGACCCUGGGUUGUCCUAUGGGCUGCAAUGGGGAUCUCACACCUUCCAGCCCCACGUGGAGCCAGCAGAGAGAAACAAGCAGGAGAAAAACAUGGAAUCAAAGCUUAAAAAGGUGCCGGGCGACAGCUGCACAUCCCAGAAUUGGAGUGUUCCUGAGAAUAAAACCAUCAGUUGCUGUCAUUCAGCCUCCGGGUAUGAAAUUGGAAGCCCAGUUACCCUUGAGUGUUUCAUAACCUUUACCUUUUGGAGGUCAAGGCCGUGUCAUCAUUAAUCUACCGUCGCCUGAAUGCCCCAGGGCUCUGCUUUUCAUCCCCCCCAUCCGUCAUGCUGCUGUGGGAUGCAGGAGGCUGAGCAGAAGGGCCCACGCUGUCCUCUCUGCAAGGAUGGGAGCACUGAGGAUGGAGCCUCCAGGAUCCUGUGGGCUUCACCUGCAGGUUCAGAACCGUUUCCUCCUUGGGAUGCUUUAAUGUGUUGAGGACAAGUUGCUGUGGCCUUGAGGACUUUCCAUGCCUGGAAGUUGGACACGUGGAGCUUCUUGUGUGUGUUGUUCCCAUCCCAGAGCCAGGCUUCGUUUCUCCUCCCCCGCAAUGAGGAAGCAAACACCUGGAGCUGCUGCUGCUCAUCCUGCAGCCCUGGAUGCUGAGACCUGGGGACCCACCAAGAGGGUUUUCCCUCUGCUUAAGUUGAUGAUAUUGGAGGCGAUUGGAGCUGAGCAUCCCCACGACUCCCACUCCACCUGUGCUGGCAGCUCCUGCUCCCAAUGCAGGUAUCCAGCUGUGCUCCCUGCCCUGCAAUCUACUCCAUCCACGGGGCAGCAGUGAGUGCCAGAGCUGCUCCCCGCACCAUGGUAACCAUUAAUUAAUGCCUUUUGGCUUUAAGUCUUCCAGCAGCAGGGGCUGCCAUUCUCCCAGGAGAGGAGCGAGCCCAUUUUCAAGCAUUUCCUUCCAGCUUUUUGGGAUCCAGGAACAUAAGGACAAGCACCGACCCCAGGUUUAGCAGCACUGAGGGCUCAUCCUGGAGCUCUGCAGCCCCCACCAUCUCUGUGCUCUGGUUCCAGCUUAGGGCUCAGGAUGGACACAGCACUGAGCGCAGCUAUUUGGGUUCUCCUUUCCAUCCUCACCAGGGCUCAGCAGGGCCGUUGGCUUUGUCCUUGCCUCCAGCUCUCCUCCUCUUCCUCCCCCCCCCUAUACACACACACCAACCUCCCCCCCUUCUUUUCCUUUAGACAAACUAC